AGAAAGGAGUCCAUGUUGCAUGACCUCAUUCCAUGAACAUUGAUAUAUCAUGCAAGUUAUAAAUGUCCAUUCGGCCGGGGUUUCCAUCUUUACCUAAGCAACCUCGGAUUCCGUCCUCUUCCUCUCGAAAACCCAAGCUAUCUCAACUCCCCUUGCCUCCUGCAGACCCCACAUUUCCUGUGUUAACCGUUGCUGUCUUAAGCAUUAUGUGCACAGCCGCACAGCUUGCUUGUUCUUUAGCUCCAAUACGAACAGAACAUGCUAGGGUUCUUCCUAAUUGCAGCCAUGCAUUAUUCCACUUGGAUUGCAUUGAUAUGUGGCAUCAGAGCAAUUUUCCCCUCUUUGAGGAACAAGCACUUCCGGUUCCACAAAGGUUUCCCAUUGAUCUUGUCGCAUCCGAGUUCUUCCCCUCAGACUCGCAGCCACUCACCAAUGGUACUCUCAUUGGAGAGAUGAUGAUAGUGUGGUGAUAGAAUAGGGAGGGUAUAAACGAGGAAUUUCUUUACGAAAGGCAGAAAGAAAGAGAGUUGAAGAGAAGUAUUGCCACGGGAUCCAGAAAACGGCAACUUGUUUCAAUCAAGGGGAAGAGUGCAUUGAUGUAAUUAAGACAGAAAGACUGUAAGUCCUCAAUGCAACCUAUCAGGAGAUCUUUCUCUUUAGAUUCACUCUCAGACUUGGGAUUGUAGUAAUAGAGUAAGAAGAAAGGGCAUUCAGCUCU